AUGGCUACUUUAGGAACAGGUGUAAUUAUCCUAAUCGUAAUAUGGAUUAUUACUUUAGCAACAUUAACAUUAUUUACAUUUUCUCAGUCAAGUAUUCGAUAUGUUGGUUUACUUGCCCUUCUAAUAGCUGUCAUUGUUACACUUGUAUUGACAUUAAUACCGCGUGGUGAUGUUAGCCGUGUAUUAGGAUCGUCUACGACUCCAACUAGUCUUGCUGGUCUUCCUCGAAUACUUAUUUUAACAUUUCUUUGUGUAACUUUUGUUGUUGGUCUUAUAAUCCUUUUUGUUCAAGAAGUUGUUCCUCCUGUAUAUGCACAACCAGUUCGAAAACGUUUUAUUAGAUAA